AUGGGUAACAGCGACAGUAAGAGCAAGUUUCGGGAGAGUGUCUACAAGCUCAAUAAUGAAGUCAUUAGUAGUAAAAACCUCGACUUUUGGGAUAAAUUAUGGCGUAUUCCAACAGUAGCGGAAGAAAUUUUUACACUGAUUCAACCCGAUGAUGUUCGAAUGUUACGUCAUCAACAACCCUCUAAUUUAGCAACAAUGUUGAAACAGGCGGUGUCACAGAUUGUACAAAUUGUGGAGACUCCUGUCCCCAAAUAUUAUCAUCAAGCAUUGAAUUGUGUCCGUGUUUUAACACGUUUAGUACCUUUUGUUCUUGAAGAAGGAGGGGAUCCAUUUGUUGAAACGCUUUUUUGGAGUGUUGAAACACACGAAAAAGAUGAUAAAACGGAUAAAAAAGAAGAAGACGAUGAGAAAAUGGAGAAUCAUCGUACGGAACCUUUAGCAAAACAAAUGAUUCAUGCUAUUAUGGGAUUACUUUUUCUACCCGAGUUUACAGUCUCGAUCCAUGCAUAUAAAGGAUAUGGAGAAGAAAGACGAAGUGCUACACGUAGUGGACAGUCUACAAGUGAUGAGGGAUUAUUGGUGUUUCCAUCUUUACUCUGGCAUUCAGGAGUUGGAUAUCCGGAUGCGAAUGUUGUCAAUUCGUCCACUUAUGACAAGAAUCGACGAGAAGUUUUGGCUUUACUAUUGACAUGUUUUUCCAGUAUUUUGUACCAAACAGCAGAGACUUGUAACCAAUGGAAAGAUCGGUUUCUUGAAGCUGCCACAGCACCGGAAUGUCCAUUUGCACCGACGUUGUUUUAUUCACUACUAAAUAUUGUGGUUUCAUAUGAUCCAGUGGGCUGGGGAGUACCUUAUGCGGGAUCCAUUGUCACGGAUGACCGAGAAGUACUUGUGGAUUUGUCACUUCAAGUUUUGUUGGUACUACUGGACUUUGGACAGACGAAGGAAAAAAAUAUCACGCCCACUUUAAAACCGCAACCGGGGAGCGCUACCCCGGCAAUUAAUCGUCUCUCGUCCUCAGUGUCGUCGAAAAUGUCGAACCCAGUGUUUGACGGUGUGCCGAAUGCUUAUCGUGCUCUUUUGUCGUCGCUACAGCGACCAGAAGAUUUCCAGCUUAUUUUUUCGGGACUUUCACGUUUGUUAAACAACUAUCAUCAAUCUUUGAGCACAUUGCUGCCAAAUUCGAUCAAGCAGAUUAAAUGUCAUCAGGAGCUGCUUGUUUUGCUAUGGAAGAUGCUUGAUGAGAACACAGAGUUCCUGCACUAUGUACUGAAGAAGGCAGAUGUGAACCAGCUCGUGGUCCCGUUACUCUUCCUCAUGUACGAAGGCAGACAGGAGCCAGCUAAAGUCGGCAUGAUCCACAUUUGUACCUUCAUCAUGUUGCUGUUGAGUGGUGAACGAGAUUUUGGUGUGAACCUCAAUAAACCCUUUAGCAAUCAUCUGCCGCUGGACCUGCCACCGUUUUCAGGCAAUCACGCGGAUCUCCUAAUUGUUUGUUUGCACAAGAUCAUCGUGAGCGGCUACGAGAAGCUUAACUCGGUGUACAAUUGCUUCCUCACCAUCAUUUGUAACAUCUCACCGUACUGUAAGAAGCUGAAUAUGGUGUCGGCUGUGCGUUUGCUGCGUCUGUUCAAGCUCUUUGCGCAGCCGAGAUACCUCUUCGACAACGAGGCCAACCACCACUUGGUCUUUUUCCUGCUCGAGACUUUUGACAACAUUAUCCAGUAUCAGUACGAGGGCAACCAGCAAGUUGUGUACGCUAUGAUACAGAACAAGAAUGUUUUCAAUCAGCUCAGUGACCUGCGGCUUCCGCCCAUACGGGCCUCGUCUGAAGGGAAGAAGUCGGCUGAGAAGGAGGGCGAGCACGUCGAGGAAGGAAAGGAACAGGAGAAGCCUACGGAUGGCGAGUUUGUUCCUACGGUCGAGUGGCUUGCUGGCUGGAAGAAGAAACUGCCUCUGACUACGAGCCUUCGUCUGCUCCAGCACCUUAUCCCACAGCUGGAGGAAGCGUGUCGGAAGGCUGGCGGCGGCCUAGACGAAGAUGCGAUGCUAUACUUUUUGCGCACCACCACGAUGGUUGGUCUCCUGCCUGUGCCGCACCCCAUCGUGAUCAGGAAGUAUCAGAUCAAUCAGUUUACGCAUUUGUGGUUCACCACAUUCACCUGGGGCGUUAUCUUUCUUCGCAACCAGGUGCUGCCGCUCUUUGACGGUGGUGCAAUCACACUGUUUACCAUCAGCGUUCUUUAA